CAAAAUGGCCGCCGCUAUAGUACUAUGUGAAACAAGUGUCAAGUUUUUACAAUUUCUAUAAUUUUAUACAGUGUUAUGUGAGUUGUGUGUUGCGUGUGUUUACUUAAUAAAAUAACUAUAAUGAUGCAAUCACAGCAGGACCUGACCGUGGACGCGCGGUUGCAGAUGCUGCACGAGAUGCGCAAUCUUGGCUACGAUCAAAUUCGUUUUGCUUGCUACAGGACGGCUUGCAAAUUACGAUUCGUGCAAAAAGCUGCAAAUCUUCAUAUGGUGGAUAUUUGGAAUGUCAUAGAAGCAUUUCGUGAAAAUAGUCUGAACACAUUAGAUCCACAAAUGGAAGUCAAUGUAUCACGUUUGGAAACUUUGAUUUCUUCACUGUAUCAUAAUCUAAAUAAAAGAUUACCACCAGCAAGUCAAGUCAGCGUCGAAGGCUGUGCUGGUUUACUCCUAAAUUGGUUGUUAGCUGCAUAUACAAGUGAUAAUGUUGGUAAGAUCCGAGUGUUUUCGAUAAAAGUAGCAUUAGCUACAAUGUGUGCUGGUAAACUAAUGGAUAAACUAAGAUAUAUAUUUUCACAGAUAUCAGAUGGAGCAGGACAGUUAUUACCUUGGCGUCUUGGUGAAUAUUUAAGAGAAGUUCUAGCUCUUCCAGCAGCAGUUUAUGAGUCUCCUUCAUUUUCAUACAGUGAUGAGGCGAUGAACUCAAUGCUUCCACAGGGUUCCAAAGUUACAGUAAAUGAUUUCAUGGAUACAAUGAUGAGUGAUCCAGGUCCACCUUGCUUGGUUUGGUUGCCAUUAUUGCAUCGUUUGGCAAGUGUUGAAAAUGUUUCUCAUCCCACUGUCUGUUCAGCGUGCCAACGAGAGAAUUUUACUGGUUUCCGAUAUAGGUGUCAAAGAUGUCAUGGAUAUCAACUUUGUCAAGAUUGUUUCUGGAGAGGAAAGGUUUCCAAUGGACAUACCACAGAUCAUGAAGUCAAGGAAUAUUCUAGCUAUAAAUCACCUAGCAAACAAAUAGGCCAUACUUUAAGAAAAUCAUUCCGUUGUGUUCCCGAAAAGACUAAAAAUAAUUUGCCAAGAUUUCCUGAUCAACCGGAAAAGACUCUUAACUUAUCACAUAUUGUGCCACCUUCUCCAGUGCCCUGCCAUACUGGUUUUUCAGAAUUUAAUGAUGCACCCACCGGACCCCCAGAACCACCAAGUGCUCGUUCUCUUACUCUCGAUAGCAGAACAAUGACUCUGGACGAUGAACACAAACUGAUUGCUCGAUAUGCUGCACGUUUGGCCCAAGAAAAUAGAAGCAUGCGAGGAUCCGGGCAAGCUUUAGAUCGUUGUGAUUCUGGCCUGGGUUUAGACGGAUCAAGAGCUCAACGAGAACUCAUCACACAACUUGAAGUUAAAAACAGAGAAAUAAUGCGAGAGAUUGCAAGGUUAAGACGUCAACAAGAAAUUGAAGGAUCUGGUGGUGGGACUAGAGAAAGUCCUGCAUUGGUGACUGAAUUAAGAGCUUUAAGAUUGAGAAAAGGUGAAUUAGAAGGACAUUUAGGUGCUCUACAAGAAUCUCGAAAACAACUUAUGGGUCAGCUUGAAGGACUUAUGAAAAUGUUGAAGACACAUCAAGCAUCACCAAGAUCUACUCCAAAUUCAAGCCCAAGAUCUGCCAAAUCACCUCCAAUUCCAACAACUGGCUCAGUUCCUUCACCUGCACCAACCAGAUCAGCACCAGCUACACCAGCCGGAACGUUAACGCAAGUUGCACAACAAAAUACAGGUGUCACAGUUAAAUCAAUUAAAUAAUAACAAAGUUGAUGCUUAACAGUUUUUUGUGAAGCUUUGGUUAAUGAUGAAUGUGUUUUCCAUUUAUUUUCUUUCGAAAGAUUUUUAUUAAUUUAUUCUUUGCUUGUUUUGCUUGUCCUACCCCAACAACUAUUUCUUUAUUAUCCACUAAUUAUUUUUUAAUUUUUUAAGACUGACGUUUUAUCUUUGACUUUCAUCCAGCAAUAUACGU